CCCGCCCCCGCCCCGCCUCUUCCUGCCGGGAUGGAGCCGCGGCUCCUCGCUUGGGGUGCGAACAGCUAUGGACAACUUGGUCUUGGCCAUAAAGAGGAUGUAUUGGUACCGCAGCCAUUGAAAGACGUUUCCUGCAAAUGUCAAGACAUUAAAAGCAUUACUGGAGGAGGGGGACAUUCUGCAGUUAUCACUGGUGCAGGAGAACUCUUUGUAUGUGGCCAUAACAAAGAUGGGCAGUUGGGAUUGAAUCACACAGAGGAUGUACUGCAUUUUACUUUGUGCACUGCCCUGUCCAGCUUUUGUGUAAAACAAGUUGCCUGUGGCUGGGAUUUUACCAUCAUAUUAGUAGGAUCUGGCCUAGUUCUGUCCUGUGGGUCUAACUCUUUCGGACAAUUAGGAGUUCCUCAAAUAUCAAGUCUGUGCUUGAUUCCACAAAAGAUUGAGUCUCUGAAAGAAAAGGUGGUGGAUGUUGCUGCAGGACUGAGGCAUGCCCUUGCUGCUACAGACAACGGUUUGGUGUUUCAGUGGGGAACUGGCAUGGCAUCUCGGGCAAAGCGUGCAAACCAAGGGAAAGCCCUCCCCCUGUUCUUGACAGCAAAGGAGCCCUGUGAAGUAACAGGUCUGGAAGAUGUAAAGGUGAAGAAGGUUGCUGCAGGCUCCUAUCAUUCGGUGUCAGUCACAGAUGAAGGACACCUGUGUGUCUGGGGUAGCAACAAACAUGGGCAGCUAGCAAGCAAAGAGAGCUUUCUUGUUGAGCCCAAGAAGAUUGAGAUUCAGUUUUUCUCACAUGAAAAGAUUGGAGCAGUUUGGAGUGGCUGGACCCACUUGGUGGCACAAACAGAAACUGGCAAGGUAUUCACCUGGGGCAGAAUGGACUAUGGGCAACUUGGAAGGCAUGCAGUGGUUCCUGAUGGGCAAGAGGUGUGCACAGCAUCUGAACAACACUUGGAGCUGUUGUGUAACAUCCCUGUUUCAGUGUCUUGCCUAAAUGGAGCAUCUCAGAUUGCAUGUGGCUCAGAGCAUAAUUUGGCAGUAGUUGGUGGCCAGUGCUUCUCUUGGGGAUGGAAUGAACAUGGGAUGUGUGGUGAUGGCACAGAAGCAAAUGUUCAUGUCCCGAAGCCAGUUAAAGCUCUUGGUUACACCAAACAGAUCUUAAUCGGAUGUGGGGCAGGACAUUCCAUGGCUCUUUGUCAAACUCCGUGUUAAACUCUGCACACCUGAAAUCAUAGUGUCGUGGAUGCGGAUGGAUGGAUGGAUGGACAUCUUUGGGUUGCAUUGCUGUGAAGUGCUACAAGAGGAUUGCCAGAGAUUAACACAAUAGUGGGAAGGUGCAGAAGGUUUUUCUAAGGCUAAAAGGAAUGAGUAUGCAAAGCAAACUAUAAUACUUUAAAAAUUGUAUCAUGCGUUCUUUUCACAGGGAUUGACUUUCUUACCUACAAUGACAAACAUUUUGCCUUGAUGCAAUACUACUGAAGAAAGAAGGACUUUUUCUUGUUCUGAGACGUCUUUGAGGAAGAAACUAACUGCUUAAUCGCUUAUAAUUAGUGUAUGAAUUCAGUCUAAGGAAAUGGUCUGAGAAGGUGGAGGCCCAGGGCCUCUUCAGGUCAUUUAUUAUUAUAUCGUUUUGUCAUGAUGAACAUGUGUGCCUGCCAAAUUCUGCUAGAGCUGUGUGCUCCCAGCAUCUCAGAAAAUCCAGUUUGGAUCACAGGGGAGUGCCAGCGGACGUAAAUAGAUGCUUACACACAUAUUAAACAGAGGAUCAAGUUUGUUUUUUUUUUUUAAAAGAGAUAUAGGAGGCUGGCAAAAGGGGGAAAUGAGGCCCGUCUGAACUAGCUGUAUCUGGAUUAAACUGUGAAAGGAACAAUAUUUCUGAGGAAUUAUCUUCUGUGCCAGACAUCAAUUUAUUAUAGAUUUACAGCAGUGCAGAUCUGCAUGAAUUACCAUUAACUUGCAAACCCAGCGUUUCUAAAGCUGCUGCUUAGGGAAGAAAAACUUUUAAGAGCUCAUGGAAACAACAGAAAAGUUCUUGUCAAAGGGCAUAAGACCUCAAAACCUAAACAGAAAUUUUUCACAAGUUCUCCAGCCCAAAAUGCGCUCCAGAGCAUUCCCGAUAAUUUCAGGUUAGUUCUGACAUCUGCUUCACAGCCCAGUUGAGUUACUGUUCAGAAUAUGCCCAUAGUACUUGUUCCAGGGGAGUCCUUGGCAGAGAACGCAGGCCUAACACUUGUUUUGGUAGGAGAAAGGAAAACUGUAAAUUUUCUUAAAAUAUUAUUAGCCACCUAUGUUGAGCAGAAUUUUGGAAGCUAUUUAUAAAACUGUUUUUCACAUAAAUACAGUGGACACCAUUAAACUGGGUGUUUACCACCCACAAUAGUUAGAUUUGCUGUAGUAUUUGAUGUAUUUCAAGUUCUAAACAUAGGGAAUACUCCUGUGUAGUAAAUGCACCUUUUAAUGAGACCUACUGUUGCUACACAGUGGUUUAAUUUUUAAAGCAGGCUUGCCAGGGAAGAGGCCUUACACAAUUACAAAAUAUUCAAAGAAGGGCUCUUAGGAAAUAGAACAGGAAGGCUUUCUGAUGAUGUAUCAGCUUACAUUUGAGGGGGAUGGAAUUAGUAAUAUAGGCUGCUAAGGUAUUUUUCCCCUUUGGUUUUACAGCAUUUAUAGUUCAUGGACUAAUUUUCAAAAACAUUUUCUAUUCAAUGAAUGAGAAACUUGGACUGACUAUGAAGCUGAUUAUAACAACUGUAUUACACAUACUGAAAGAAUCUGUAAAAAUAAUCAAAUGGGUCCUCUGCAAAAAGUGCAGAAAACCAUUUUCUUAAUCUCUGUUUUGGUUGUGGUUCUUCAUGGAAAAAUACUGUUCCAGGCUGUGACCUCUUGCACUUUUUACUUAUCUAAUUUGCUCUUUAUUGACUCUCCUCAAUGUCAUUUUCUAGAUACCACAACCUCUCUUUUAUAUACACUGAACAGCAUCUGGUGCAGUUUUCGGCAGUUCUUUCUGUGGUUUCCACCUUUGUUUUCCUCCAAAAUUUGUAUAGCAAAUAAACUUGUUAUGUUGUUUCAGUAGUCAUGUCCUCUAAAAAAUUCUGUUCCUUGAUUAAUCACAGCUGGUAUGUGCCCUAUAACACAGGGGUUUCUGCACUGAGCCCAUUUUGACUCUGGAUGCUGUUGCUGCAGUUCUUAUCAGAGGAAUCCAACAAAUUAUGUAACAAAU